UGUUCUCAUUCUCAUUUGAGAAGUACAUUACAUUUUGAUUCAAUCAAUACAUUGUGAACUUCUACUUGCUUCUCAAUGGCUCCUCCACUUACAGUUGCAAUUCCCCAGGUUUCUGAACAAGAAGCCCAAGUGGAUAAGCUAAAACUGUAUGACAUAAUGCUGGGCGCAGCUAAGCCCAUGGCUGUGAGAGCUGCUGUUUUGCUGAAUAUUCCGGACAUAAUUGCUGAGGCUUCAGGCUCUCUUACCGUAAAAGAAAUUGCUGCUCAUAUAGCUGAAAUUUCUAGCCCCCCUCACAUAGAAUAUCUAUUUCGUCUUCUGAGAUUUCUAGCCUCCCAGGAAGUCUUUACUGAGAUCCCACACCAGGAGGACUUCAGGCAAACUAGGUUUGGCCUCACAGGCAUUUCUAAAUUACUUGUUAAGGGAACAAGAAAAGGAGGUGUAUCGGUGCAAAACUAUGUUCCAUAUUUGUUGGCAUUCAACAAUGAUAUUACCGUAAAGGGAUGGCUGCAUCUGCAUGAAUCUGUGUUACAAGGCGGCUGUGCCUUCAGUAAGGCUUUUGGUAUGAGUUAUUGGGAUUACGCUGCAAAGAAUCCUGAAGCCAACAAGAAUUUUAACGAGGCCAUGUCCUGUGACACUCGUGCUGUCAUGUCUAGUGUUCUGGAGAUUUAUGAGGAGGGAUUUAAGAAGAUAAAUUCUUUGGUUGAUAUUGGAGGAGGUGUGGGCUCUGCCUUGUCCAUUAUUGUGGAGAAGUACAAACACAUUAGAGGAAUUAAUUUUGACUUGCCUCAUGUCAUUGCUUCUGCACUUCCUAUCCCUGGAGUACAACAUGUGAGUGGCAAUAUGUUUGAACAUAUUCCAUCAGCUGAUGCAAUUUUUAUCAAGUGGGUUUUGCAUGAUUGGGAUGAUGAUGAUUGUAUAAAAGUGUUGAGGAGGUGCUAUGAGGCUACACCAGCAAAUGGAAAAGUUAUAAUCGUUGAUGCUCUUGUUGUUGAAGCGAAAAAAGAUGAAAAUAACAAAGAUCUUCAAAGGGGAGUGGGACUGGAAUUUGAUAUGGGAAUGAUGCUAUACUGUAGUGGUGGAAAGGAGCGAACAGAGAUGGAAUUCAAACAAAUUUUUAUCAAAGCGGGUUUCAAAAGCUACACCAUCUUCAAAUUACCAUCUAUUCAAACAAUUUUUGAGGUUUCCAAAUUCUAAAUCAAUAGAGUCUAAUAUUAUAGAUUUUAAUAGAAUCUAAUUUAGAGUCAUGUCAAAGUAGUUGUUCUACAAUCACAUUAUUAGUGAUGUUUUAGGUGUUCCAUGUAUGUUCGGAGUACUAUGUUCUAAUUAUUAUAUAAAUAAAUUACCAUCAUCACUAAAAGGAAGGAUAAAUGCAUCAUUUUUCUAGGUGAGAGAUAAUUCCUAGUUCAUAGAGCUCUUUGGAUUGGCUUAGUUUCAAACCACCUUGAGUUAGUUGAUCAUUUGUCAUUCUUUCUCUUCCUCAGUUGUGAUGUGAGUGUUGUCAAGCGCUUCUUUCCCAUGGGUUAUUUGUUGUAAGGUGGUCAUCAUAGUUAUACUUUUCAUUAGUUUUGUAUAAGGCUCGGGGUCCUUUCAAAACCUAUCUUUUAUCUUAUAUAAAAAAUGUUUUCAAGUUGUACACGAACAUAGU